GAAAUGAGGGAACCUGUCCUUAACAUUUUGAAUCUCACCACUGCCUAUUGGCUGCUAAAUUUCCGCUUCUUGACGCAAUAAAAUUGUAAUAGUUUGUAAUAAUUAAUUCGAAAAUUGCUUUCGUAUUCGAUGAUUGGAACUGCGAAAGAUUUAUGCAAUGCAAUGAAUUUUCUUUCUUAUGUUAGCGAAAACGUAGUCCAGCCACACUAGGCCCUCAUCAUGUUUUAGAUUCUUCGUUAGGUAUACAGUGUGUUCACAUCCUGGGUAGUUUAUAAAUCAGCCCUCACCCCAAUUAGUCAGGCUACAUUUCUUUCCAAGACUUUAAAGUUGCUUUGACUCUGAAUGUAUGUUUGUUGCAGAAGAUGUUGGCAAUAGUUUAAUAAUGCUAUCUUCUAAGCAGGCAAAGUUACAAUGUGAAGGUGAACAACAUCUAAAUGAAAAAAGGAAACAGUGUAGUUUUUGUGGAGAAUAUUUUCGUUUUAAGAUAAGAUUGCAUAAACAUAUGUUGACACAUGAUGACAAACCUUAUAUUUGUGAAGUCUGCGGUAAAUCUUUCAGCACUGAAUGUAGACUCAAGGACCAUUCGAAGACACACUUUGGAGUGGAAUAUCGAUGCCCCGUUUGUGAUAGAAUUUUCAGCGAAAAUGCAUUUAUGAAAAAGCAUUUGAAGAUUCAUAUUGUACAGGAGAAGAAAUACAAUUGCACUGAAUGUGGAAAAUCAUUCAGAUUCCAAACAGGCCUGACUAAACAUAAAAAAACUCACACUCAGGAAAAAAAUCAUCACUGCGAUAUUUGCGGCAAAUCAUUUAGAAGAAAGUCAGGUUUGACGAGUCAUACGAAUAUUCAUUUGCCAGAUAAUGAGAAGUCAUAUAAAUGCCCAAUAUGUGAAAAGGCAUUUUGGAAAAAGAUUCAUGUUGAUAACCAUAUGGUAAUGCAUUCGGAUGAAAAACCAUUCCAAUGCAAAGUAUGCUUGAAAUCGUUUAAACGGAAUCAGUCUUUGACACUUCACAUGAGAGUUCAUAACAACGAAAGACCGUGCAUAUGUAAAAUAUGCAAUAAGUCAUUCCGGAAACUUGCUCAUCUAAAAUCACACAUGAUAACACACACAGGUGAAAAGAAAUAUAAAUGUGAUAUUUGCGAGAAGAGAUUUGGAUAUAUCAACUGCUUGAAAGCUCACAUUAUUGCAAUUCACAAUCAGGAAAAAAAUUAUAAAUGUAAAACAUGCGGGAAAGAGUACGGGCAUAGCAAAUCACUAUACACACAUAAGAGAGUGUGCGUACCAAAGAAACAAUGUGGCACAAAUAUCAUUAGAGUUCUAUGUUUUACGAAUGUACUCAAUGUGAACUUGAAGUUAAAUACAAACUUGUAA